AAUUCCUUUUUCCAAAUGACAGAUUCUGAUGUUCGUUACUGGGAAGCUGACAAAACAUUGUUGGAGAGUGAGAACCUGUAUUCAGUUGAAACAGCACAGGCUUCAGCUAUAACCGUGGAAACCACUGCGUAUGCCUUACUUCAGGCAUUGUCAAGGAAUGACAUUGACUAUGCAGCACCAAUUGUGAGAUGGCUAACUCAGCAACAAAACUAUGGUGGUGGAUUUCAAUCGACACAGGACACUGUGAUUGCCUUGGAAGGUUUAUCACGAUAUCACAUUGCAUUUCUGAAGAGGGAAGAAGAAAUCAAUAUGCAAAUUCAAUUCAAUGUUUUUGGAAGCUCCAUGGAGAACAGGAUUCAUUUGCGCAGACGUAAUGCUCUGACCGAGAAAGAAUUGAAGUUUCCACUUGGAACCAAGAUGCGCAUUGAGUUGUCUGGUCAAGGGAAUGGAACACUGACUUUCCGAAAGCUGUACCAUAAACUGGAGGAGCCUCUCGGUGCUUGCAAAAAGGUUCACCUCUCUGUUACUAUCGAAGGAAAAGUGGAGUUUAAGAGACCAGACGAUUACACUAAUUUUGAUGAGGAAUGUACAGACGAUGACUCUCAACCGCUUGAUUCACAGCUUGGCACCAUAGGUUGGCACGAUGUUCGUUCAAGAAGGAAAAGGGAUGUUCCAGAUACAGAAAAUCGUCAAACCAUUUACUAUAAAGUCUGUUACUGGCGAGAUAGUGACGAUGAGACUCAUUUCCAGUCUGGAAUGGCAAUUGUCGAUAUUUCACUCCUCAGUGGUUUGGAACCUGAGCUGGUGCAACUUGAUCAGCUGAAGAAUGGAGUUGACAAAUACAUCGAUCACUAUGAUUAUAAGGAUGGAAGGGUCUUACUUUAUUUGGAGACGGUCCGCGAGGAGAGAGAAUGUGUUGUAUUUGCCACCAAACAAAUUGUUCCAAUGGGUUUAGUGCAGCCGGCAUCAGCAACUCUGUAUGAUUUCUAUAACCCAAGUAUAAAAUGCACUGUGGCAUACAGUGCUCCUGAAAUGAAUGCUAUGAUCUCCAAGAUCUGCAACAGUGAAGUUUGCGUUUGUGCUGAAGGUUCCUGUCCUCAACUUAAACACGUCUUGUCCACUGAGGUGAAUGGAUCAGCUCGGGUAGAAUUUGCCUGCUACAGCCCAAUUGUGGAUUACGCUUAUAGAAUCAGAGUUGACAAUAUUACUACCACCGGAUAUUUUGAAAACUACCAGGUGUCGAUUACUAGAAUUCUGAAAAUGGGCCAUAAGGAUGAAAGGGUUAAAGUAAAUGAUGUCCGACAUUUCCUGAAGCGGAAUUCCUGUCAACUUCAGCUGAAGAAAGGUGAAGACUAUUUCAUCAUGGGCCAAGAUGGGAGAAGCAUUGAUGGAAGUGGCAAGAUUCAGUAUUUAUUUGAUGCCAAAUCAUGGAUUGAGGAAAUUCCAUCAGCUGAUACCUGUGAGCUUCGGAAAUACCGCAGUGCCUGCAAAAGCCUGAACGAUUCCAUGAAUGACCUUUUAAAUCGGGGGUGCCAAAUGUAGCGUGUGCCCAAACAGAGCUUCAAGGCUGACAUAUUAAAUACAUACUCUUAAAAGUAAUACAUUAAUUGGUCUGUAUAAUAAAGUUUAGAAAAUUA